CACAGAUUCCCCCUCCCCCCAAGAUGCCACUUAGUAAGUCAGUCGAGAAGUCUCUCACUGUCUGGUCACGUACUCAUCCAUAUCUCUCAGGGCGGCCGCCUUGGCCCGCACCACAUCAGCCCUCUCCCUCGAUGACGAUCGAUAAGGCACCACUGCACGACAUCCCUCAGACCCCACCCUGUCGCCCCUCCUCCGCACACCCACAAGCGACCCAUGGCCGCGGCCGUAGAUCUUGCAUGCAGCAUCAAAGGAUUUCCUCCCCACGUGGUGUCUGUCCUCGGUGUCGGGUCGCCAUGCAGGUCCAUCACGCAGCGGCCCUGGAUCAACCCACCUCUCGCGGGCUGACGGCUGACGAGCCGUCAGGGGCGGCUUCUGUGUGAGGGGCGGAGAUAAGAUCGCCAGCGCAGACACAGGCCGUACGCGGUGGGUGGCCGGUUCGCUGUCGUGUCUCCUCUUCACUGUUGCCGUCGAGGGCCUGGCAGCAGCAGCAGGUGAGGUCAAUGGCCUGGCUGACGGCCGCGGAGAGGGGGAGGCACUGGCGGGCCGUGCACGCGCCUUGAGGGUGGUGGGAAUUGCGGACGCAGGGCGGGAUCGGACUGGUGGGGAGGACCGUCUCCGUCUUUGAGUCAUCGGAUCGGCGGAUUGCGGCCGGCUGGGCGUUUUGUCGCCCUUUCCCUUGGUGCUGCCACUGGUGCUGAGCCAGUAGAUGGGCGUGGAGGAGGGGCGUAAAGAGGGCCGCCAGACGGGCAGCGGCAUGGUUGGGGGAAGUGGCAGCGGCAUGGGUAUGGGUAGAGAAGAUGACGGACGCUCUGCGGCCGACCGCAUAGUGAAUGUCUCGGGGUGCUCCAAAGACAGCAGCCAUUCUUCGUCGCUGAUGGUGGUCUCCUCAUCCAUGUCUUCCUUGGCGGCCGACGCGGUGUCCUCGAUCAUCAUCACGCCGGCCCUCCGCCCAUCCACCACAGGCGGGGCGGAGGGCGGCCGUAUCCUCCUGCCCUUUUCCUUCUUUUCGUGUCUUUUGUCUUCUCCCACCAAUCGCGUCACGAUGGCAGCCGAGACAUCCUCCCAGGGCUUCGACACGUCCACACAGGGCAGCAAGGGGAAGUUGGGCGGGUAUUCGACAAUCGCUCCCUCGGUCUCGCCUGCUCCUCUGCGAACAACAUCCAUAGCCGACGAUGGCCGGCGAGACCUCUCGUGUGCGUAUUGCGGUGGUGGGCUGAUGCGCAGUCUGUGCAGGUCGAUGUCUCGGUCGAGCAAAGGCGGCUUCUGCCCUUGUGUGUGGUCUGUGUAGGCCCUCUGGAGCGCCCUCCAUCGGUGCUCGGGGGGGCCGAUGUCGAGUGCAGAGCGGAGAGACAUCCGCAGGAUGGUCACCUGUUAGUUAGGCGGAAGCAGGAAGAAAUUGACAACUUCUGUAUCUGCGUGUCCUUCAUUGCUCACUCACCUUUUCUGCGAUUUGUUGUCUGGUGGCUCUGAGCUGCUGGAUGUGCCUGAGCUGAGCUGCGAUGCGGCCGUACUUGGCUUCUUUGCGCUCGAGACGCAGUCGCUGAAACAAACACUCACAAUGAGACAGACAGACGGUAGGGCGUCUUCCUCAUGGCAGGUCGCUCACGUCGUCGUAAUCGCGGGCUCGCUUCUUCCUCGCGAUCUCUUGGGCACGCUCUGAAUGUGGAGAAAAUUGAAUACACGCCGGAUGAGUGGAUCCGUGGAUAGGUCAUUGUUUGCAUACCAAACAUGCGCAGCCUGUUCCCCUCUGCCCGUAUCUCGUGAUUGAUGCGAGCCAACCGCUCUGUGGGUGGGGGAAAACACAGUAAGCACACAGUAGCAAAGCGGUCUGCCGAGGUGACAGCGAGAGUGUGUGUGGGUGACCUCUUUCGAAUACAAGGUCUCUCUCGCGCAGCUGGCGGCCCAUCAACGCACCUGCACAAGGCAUACCAUACCGAACACAGUACUUCGGUCGCACCGACCUGUGUUUCUGUUCUGUGUGUGUCUUAUCGUUUGCUUUACGUCUCUGUUUGAGGGAUUCCUCUCGGGCGCUUGCCACGGCUGAGGACGCACAUACAGACAGACAGUCCACAUGAGGGCCCGCCUAUUCAUUGGUCGAGUGUCUGUCUCUACCGUCGUCUUUCAAUUGCUGUCUCGCCGCACGGUCCUCGCGCAUCUGCUGGACACCAGCCUCCCUGAGAAAGCAGGCAAGUCCGCUCAACAGAUGUGUUUUUAGACAGGUGUAGUGUAGCUCCUGACCUCUCAGCCAUCUUCCGCGCGAACUUCGCGUCAUCCAGGUCCAAUCUGUAUAUAUACGCACGCAAGGCAUAACAGAGACACGCAGUACAGCACCGGUGCACCGAACAUGGCUAUUCUCCGCCCGCCGUGGAUAGGUACAUGUAUCCUCCCACCGUUCCUGUAUCAUCAUCUUUUUCUGUUCCUCUUGUGUGAUGGCCUUUUGCAUGUAAGCCGCGCGCCUUUUCGCGAGCUGCUCGGCCCGACGCCUGUACACAGAGGGAGGGCAUGACAAGCAACAAAUCGACACACACACUUGUUGUAUCGUAUUGUGUAGCUAGCUUACUGUCUCGCUGCGCGCCUCUCUGCCAUCUGCAGCUUGUGCCGCUCAAGGCUGGGUAGCAGAACACAGAAGGAGGACAAUACCAGCCACCGAUACCUACCGCAAGAUGGGUGGCUUACGUGGCCAUUUCCUUGGCGUGGAGCUUCUUGGCCAAUUGCCGGUACUCUUCUGCCAGGGCCCGCUCACGCUGCUCCUGAAUAAAGCAAAUGUGACCAUCAACCGACGCCCCUUUGUUUGCUGUUUACCCGUCUCCUCUGUCUCUCGAGCGCCGCCUCCAGCAAGUAAUCGGCACGCCGCCCAGGAGACACCGAAACCAGUGCCGUCAUAUCGCCGCCAUAACUAAUCAACAAUGACACCUCGUUCGUUCGUCUGUCUGUCUGUCUGUUUAUCUGUCUGUCAGUCUGUCCGUCUGUCCAUCUAGUUAUCGUCACCCACCGUGGAGCUGUUUCCCGCUCUGCAGACACGGGCGAUGUCAGUGCAAAGAUGUUCCCCUCACCAGCGAAACCAUCUCGCUCAUCCCGUCUGGGCGACCCUGAUGCCGACGCCGCCGAGGCAGACGAGCCGCCCAAGGACGACCGGCGCGGGCUGACGUCGUCGCCUGGCGCAUGAUAGGGGAGGGAGAAGGGUGAGGAGGGCGGGAUGGGCGAGGGUGGGCAGGAAAGGGAGAGGGUCUCAGCCAGGGGAUGAUGUAUCUGCAACAGCCGGGCGGCCCGCAGUCGGUCAGCAGUCUAGACAAGAAAGGGAGAUUGACAUAAAUGACAUUGGGCAAUUAACUGUGCGUGAUGUUCUUUCUCAUGCCUACACUUCGGGCGGCGAGUCUCUCUUGUGCCCUCGACUCCAAUCUACACACCACAGCAUCCACGGAUUGCAAUGAGUGGACGCACACAGACUUCUCCUCACACCUCUCCCUCUUCUCGGCAUAUCUUGUCUCGGUCAUCCGUCUGUGUCGAUAUCGACCGUCGCUCAUCUCGUACCGCUUCUCCACUUCAUCCGCCACCCUCCGCCUCACGCGUGUCUCCCGACGCUGCAUCGCAGCCACGGCUGCGAACUGGUGGACGUCACGCUCCAGUGGCGGCUGCAGAGACUUCUCAAUCGAGCGCCGACAGCUGCACAUGAACGAAAUGCCAGGCCGCUUUGUGUAUGUGUGUAUGUGUGUGUGUGUGUGUGUACCCACCGCUUCUGUGCCUCCUGUCUGUCUUUGUCGCGCUCCUCCUUCCUUAUCUCCUUUUCGUAUUCCUGGAGGCUCGUCCACUGCGACAGUUUCUGCUCCUUGCGCAUCUGCAUGUCCCUCUCCUGCUGCUCAGCAGCAGCCGCAACCCUCUCAACCUUCUUGCGACCGAUGGCGUGGAGCAGCUCUGAACCAACAGCAGCACACUGCAAGUCUUAGACGGCGGUGUAAUACUAUGUGACUGACUGACGUCCCUGUCGCUCUUACCCUUUCGUCUCCUCUCCCUGUGCUCAUACCGCAUCCUCGUCACUUCCGCCGCACAUUCGGUCGGCACAGGCCGCAGCGGCACACAUCCCCUCGGCAGACCCAGCGUGGCGACCGGCGGAUGACACCGCCUCGCCAGGGUGGCAUCAAUCAGCGACUGGAGCCGUCUCUCGCCCCUCUCCCUCUCUCGCCGGGAAGGCCCAGGCCCCGUGGACGGUUCCGGUGAGUAGAGGAGGGAGAUAGGCGGCCGGUGGGCCAGCUCUUCAGGUUUGAUGCCCAAUAUGUUGCGGCUCUCCUUGGAGCGGCUUGUGAGGUCUUGGGUGCGCUCAGUCUCGGGCAUCUCGAGGACCGCCUCGAUGGGGAUCAGGGAGCGUCGACGACGCAUCUCUCCUUACUCUCCCAUCAGUCUUCUUACGU